AUGAGUACAGCCGGAAAAGGGGCAGUCCUGAAGAAAGGUAGAAAAGGUGGUCGCCCUGCCGGGAGCCCCGCAAAGCGGCGUCAGUCCACUGUGGAAGAAAAAGCCGUUGAAAAGAUCGCAGCCCUGUAUUGGGACUUAAACUGUGUCGCGGUAUUUCGACAAAUCAACAUUGGCGGUAAACCCUCUCCCGAGGACGAUGCCAACUACGACAGUAUGCAGCAAAAUACCACAUUGUUCAUCAAUAGCGCUAUGAGGGAAUGUUCCGCAACGUUCCAUGAUGGUGUACUGCCCACUCGAUGUGUCAAUUUCAUCAAUGAGCUCGGGUGGAAGAUCUUCGGCAUUUGUGCACAAUCCGAAUGCUUCCGGGUAUCAACUGACAAAAUCGAUGCGGCAAACUGGCUUCAUUUCCAGAAACUAAUUUCUGACAACAGACGCAGUAUAGAUGUAUUCGCUCGAUCUCGUUUGGUUGAUUGGCGAGGGCCUCUCUUAACAUACACACAGUAUAAUCUGCCGGGCCUCAACGACGCUUUAUCUCCUGAAAUUAACAUCGCUGGAGAACACCCUCACCACAUUGUACGAGAAAUUGAUGAUCACCUCAAGCGACCAAUCUGCAAUGGGAGGGCUCAAGUGAAUAUGAGUUCUAGCCGUUGGAACCCCGAUAACUUCCCCAAGUUUCCAAGGCGCAACCCGGCCCUUCGAAAUCCAGAAAUGGGUGUUUGCUUGAUGUGCCACUCUCGUGAAAACUGUGGAUGCCGCCUCACAUCCAUGGCAGGUGAUUUGGUGGAACUGGUUGAGUUUAGUGGGCGAGGUACUGGGGUUCGAGCGCUCGCCAAUUUUAAGAAGCAUGAUAUUCUCGGUGAAUAUGUCGGUGUUUUGGUUCCUCUGGGAUCUGAGCUGAGUGAUGAAAUCUACGCGCUGACUACUUGUGCUUUCGAUCCAGCCACAGGUAAGUUGGAAAAUGUUUGCGAGAUCUUUCCGAGGAAAUUAGGUAACUGGACACGCUUCCUGAACCAUUCCUGCAGUCCAGCAGCUAAUUUUAUCUGGGGACUGGUCGGCGACCAGGUCGUCACGACCAUCCGAGCAGAACGGAAUAUCUCUAUUUUCGAGGAGAUCACUACCGACUAUGGACUGUUGACUCAAAGCUAUGCUCGGGGUCCGUCUCAACCGCCUUUGAUUGAGUCGACAGUAGGAGAUCAUUUUGCGAAAGUCGUGGCAGAGCAUGGAGACCGAACGGCUGUGAUCUCAAAACACCAAAAUGAUCGUAUCACUUAUGCGUCCCUCGAUACUCGAAGCAAUGCCCUUGCGCGGGGACUCGAGUCGGUUGGAAUUAAAAAGGGAGAUCGGGUUGGCGUGAUGCUUGGAAAUUCCAUGGAAUAUGCAGUGAUAACAUAUGCUUUAUUCAAACUUGGAGCCAUACUGGUCCCAUUGAAUCCAUCGUUCAAUGCCAUGCAAAUUGCUUCAGCAUUGGGGCACCUCGAGUCUAGCCACCUCAUUAUCAACACAGAAUCCAACCUUCCCCGCAAAGAUCCCCGAAACAACAUUCCACUGCUCCAACAUCUUGUGGAGGAUCUCUCCAGCUCAAAGCUGGGCUCCUGUCUAGUCCCCAGUUUGAAGCAGAUUAUCCUGCUUGAUAACUCUGCCGGUCGUGUCGACGUAUCCUCCUACAAGAGCUUGACCCCAUUUUCAUCCAUCACAUCCGACUUAUCAGCAGACGGGCAACCCUUGACAGAGCGAAACCUUGACCCAAACGACAUCGUCAACAUCCAAUUUACAUCCGGGACAACGGCCAUGCCCAAAGCGGCAUGCCUCACCCACCGAUCCAUUCUUAAUAACGGUUCCCAGGUCGGCGACCGCAUGCUCCUUACCCCCGAAGACAUUGUUUGUUGUCCACCGCCCCUCUUCCACUGUUUCGGAUGCACACUAGGGUACAUGGCGACAGCAACCCAUGGCUCAGCCAUCGUCUUCCCAACGGAAUCAUUUAACGCCCGCGCAGUACUCAAAGCAGUCCAAGAAGAAAAAUGCACAGCGCUCUAUGGUGUCCCGACCAUGUUUUUGGAGGAACUCGGUCUCAUUGAAUCAGGAGAGAUCUCGAAGGAUGGUUUCCAGUAUCUGCGAACAGGCAUUGCAGCUGGAAGUAGUAUUCCGUCGGAAUUGAUGAAAAAGCUGCAUCGUGUACUCAAUCUGACGGAGCUGACCAUUUGUUAUGGAAUGACGGAGACCAGUCCCGUCUCUGCGAUGACGCAUACCGAUGAUCCUAUUGACAAGCGCUUGAAUACGGUUGGUCGACUUAUGCCGCAUGUCGAGGCGAAAGUCGUGCAUCCGGCGAACAGAAAGGAGAUUCUUCCUAUCGGGACGCGGGGUGAAUUGGCUGUUAGUGGGUAUCUUUUGAUGAAAGGAUAUUGGGGAGAUCCCGAGCGAACGGCAAAGGAGAUGUUUGCGGAUGACAACGGGAAGCUUUGGAUGCAUACUGGUGAUGAAGCGUCGAUGUCACCAGACGGAUACAUCACUAUUACUGGCCGCAUUAAGGACUUGAUUAUCCGUGGUGGCGAGAAUAUUCACCCAUUAGAGAUAGAAGAUUGCCUUUUAGCACACCCGGGUGUCGGUGAGGUGUCUAUCGUCGGUGUUCCUGACGAACGAUAUGGCGAGGUGGUUGCUGCUUUUGUGGUUGCUCGAGAGCCGGGUUCCCUUACCCCGGAGGACAUUCAGCAAUGGGUGCGCGGGAAGCUGAGCAGUCAUCUUGUUCCCAAAUAUGUCUUUUUCCUCAAGGCAUCGGACGCGUCCGCAAAGACAGCAAGUGGGAAAGUCCAGAAAUUCAAGCUUAAAGAACAAGCUAUAAAGCUUCUGGCUGAGAGAUUAUAA